AUGGUAAAUGAAGUUUAUGAACAUCCAGAGGUCAAGAAACAUUUCAUGGUUUGUGCUUGGAUCACUUUCUCUGGCUCGCCAAAUAUAGGAGAGCUCCUCCAGAACAUGCGUCAGCAAAUUAUGAGAGUGAUCGGACUGUUGAAUCAACACGGACGACCAAUUCCUCGUGGUGCGGACACUAUGAAUAUCUACUCUCUGAAGAUGUUAAUCAAGGACUUGCUACAGGGAGUAAGGUAUCUGCUUGUUCUAGAUUACACAUGGAGGAUAGACGAAUGGGAUGCCGUCAAACAUGCACUGCCUAACAACAUGUGCGGCAGCCGAAUGAUCAUCACAACCAGGAAUUAUGAUCUAGUGCGCACCUCCUGCCGAGAAUUCGAGGGGAAGGUCUAUAAGAUGGAGCCUCUGCCAGUAGAACAGUCAUGGAAGCUUUUCUGCGCAAAGACAUUUCAGGGGAGUUCAUGCCCUUCCCAUCUGGAGGAGACCUGUGAGUUUAUUUUCAGAAAGUGUGAAGGACUGCCGCUUGCUAUAGUGGCCAACAGCGGUGUUUUGGCUACGAAAAACAAGCACAGAAUAGAUGAAUGGGAAUUGGUUCGUCGCAGUCUGGGAACAGAGAUUGACUGA